AUGGAUAUUCCAAAGCAAUAUCUAUCACUAUUCAUAUUGAUUAUCUUCAUAACUACAAAAUUAUCACAAGCCGACCAUAAAAACGACAUUCCAGUUCCCAACGAUCCAUCAUCAACAAAUUCUGUGUUUCCUACCUCGAAAAGAACCGUGGAAAUCAAUAAUGAUCUCGGUAAUCAGCUAACGUUACUGUAUCAUUGUAAAUCAAAAGACGAUGAUUUAGGUAACCGGACUCUGCAACCAGGUGAGUCGUGGUCUUUUAGUUUCGGGCGUCAAUUCUUUGGAAGGACGUUGUAUUUUUGUAGUUUUAGUUGGCCAAAUGAAUCGCAUUCGUUCGAUAUAUAUAAAGACCAUCGAGAUAGCGGCGGUGAUAACAAGUGCGAGAGCGACAGGUGUGUGUGGAAGAUAAGAAGAAACGGACCUUGUAGGUUUAACGAUGAAACGAAGCAGUUUGAUCUUUGUUAUCCUUGGAAUAAAUCUUUGUAUUGA